AUGUUCCGUGUUUUAGAUACAAAAGACCAAAAUUCUACUAGAAAUAGGUUGAAAGAAUGCUUCCAACGAAAAGCAAAGCCUGCGAAGUGCACAAGGUUUUCCACGGAAGCCCCAACGGUCGCAAAUUCUAUGUUCAGUCUUGGCAGUGCCCACCCAGUCACCAUGGGAAACACAGACGACAGUACACAGCAGAAAGCGCUUACCGAACGGGUGUCCUUGCUGCUUGAAAAUGCCCCGAAUUCCGAAAGCGACAAGCAGGAACCGCCGCGCUGGAAACGACCGCUGACUGAAGAGUGCUUACAUUGUGGAAAGAUGUUUUGUCGGGCCGCGGACCUUCGACUUCACAUGCGGACACACACCGGGGAGAGACCUUACAAAUGUGAUAUUUGCCCGAAAGCUUUCGCCCAGUCGAGCCAUCUAACUAAACAUCGCCGUGUUCACACGGGGGAGCGUCCUUACAAGUGCGCUUUGUGCGACCUGUCGUUCACGCAGUCGAGCAACCUUAAAAAACACGUGCGCACGCACUUCAAAGUCGGGAAAAAAAAGAAAGCUUUAGCCGCAGCAACGAACGUCAACGUUGUUUUAACUGCCCCGGGCAAUGGCGCAAACUUGAAAUCAACUGGCGCCAAUAACAACAACAUUAGCAGCAACCCCAGCAAUAGCCGGCUAUUUCACAAGUGCAAAUUUUGCUGGCGUCAGUUUUUGUCUUACACCGCCCUUCAGGUUCAUAUCAAAAAACACAUUCGCUGGCCACGCUCUACACCCACUCCUGCAGUUACUUCCUCUGCUUUACCCCAGCCUCAGUUAUCAGCAUCCCCUGUUCAGAGGAACCCUAGACCUACUUUUAACCAAACUCAUAGCCAAAGACAUUCAUCUAACAGUCUUCCGUCAUUGUCUGCUUCGUCAACGGCUCCCACGAACGUCUCCUAUUCGCUGUCUAGUUCCAAGCCGACGGUUACUGAUGUAAUCGAUGUCUGCGAUGAGAGGCAAGCUAAUCGAAAUGCUAGCGAGCUUCCAAACAACCAGAGCGAGUUCUAUAACUGCGCUAAAUGUGCCGCUCGUUAUUCGGAUCUCGGCGAUUUGUUGAGUCAUGCCUGCUACGAGCACGGCAAUGCUUUCCAAUGUCGCCUGUGCCCCGCCAUUUUCAUCCGUCGCCCCGAUCUCGAAGCGCACAGGAACCUCCAUACUUUGCAAGCGCGUCGAGAACUUGAACGCGAUUUAACAGUCGAGAAAACAAUCAGCACGGUCGAUCCGGCCCCAUCGAACGUUGUCAUUCAAAGCUUUCAGUGCAACCAGUGCGAGCUGAGAUUUUCCCGCUCCGAGGACUUCACACGCCAUCUAGAGGCGAAACACAGCCAAGAGAAAACCCCGGCAACUCCAGUGCGGGCCGUGACUUUAGCUAGAAGAUCUCUACGGCGAGCCUUGACGACCCACCCUGCGGCAUCAACGCCACCAGUACAACAACACCUUCCCUUAAGACCUCUACGAAGACCAGAAUCCAGAUGGUCCCGCCCGCUCUGGGGUGGUGGUACUCCUUUCUUUAAGGGAGCACUGGGAGGCACUCGCGAAUCAACACCAUAUGGAAAUCCAUCAUUAGCAAAUUUUAGAGGUAGCACUGUCCGUAGGCUAGGGAGCUUGCGGCGUCCGCACGGCUGUGUGCGUUGUGGUAAAUCCUUUUUGCGACCUGGAGAUCUUCGGCUGCAUAUGCGUACUCACACAGGAGAAAAGCCCUUUAGAUGUGAUCUAUGUCCGAAAGCUUUUGCUCAAACCAGCCAUUUGACCAAACAUAGACGAGUACACACGGGCGAGCGUCCUUACAAGUGUGCCUUAUGCAAUUUGGGAUUUACGCAGUCCAGCAAUUUAAAAAAGCACGUCCGUGUACAUUUUAAACCCGUAUCAAAUAAGACUAAUCGCGAAAAGACGCCACAAGAUCCUACCCCGUCAAUAUGGAAUGACCGCACGCAGAUUGAUGAAGAUCAAGGAGACCGAAUACAUACAAAAGAAGAAUUUUACCCAUGUGUCUAUUGUCAGCUGACGUUUUUCACCCAAAGCGCACUGACUUCACAUAUGUCGGAGUGUACAGGAAACCGGGAAAAUAUCUGUGGUGGAGAAACAACACUUCAGCAAAGUUCAGCUGUCGAGGCCGCUAAUUUUGAGCAGAACCCAAUUUUCGAGCCGCAGUUCGCUUCGGAUAUGAGCCAGCCAGAAAUGUUGCCGGCCCAGCCAGCAGCGAGCAACCCUGGAGAAAUGGAAGAGCAAAAGCUAGAAUCUCAGAACGAGGCUUCUAACAGCAACGAGGUGUGCAUAAAACAGGAAGCAAAUGUCGCGGAAGAGCAAGACGUCAAACCGUCGGCGUCGCCACCGCCGCCAAUCAACCUCGACGAUUUCCCAGAGCCGGUAGAACCAAAAUUUGAAGUCAUUGACCUCGAAGACUCUCCAUCGCCAACUACCUCUCCGCCCUCAUCCUCAUUUCUUGGUAGACUUCUGCCGCAGUUCCCCCAACAGGGACCCUCGUUUGCUUCUUCUGCUGCCCCUACUUUGGUCACCUCGGCACCAACUUCCACUCGGGAAUCAACCUCGACUUCUGUACCGACUUUUACUCCAGCCAUCGAUGUCCCCAUAACAGCCUCUUCAGUAUUUGAUCCGGCAAAUCCUCGCCCCCAUAUGUGUACUCGUCUGGGCUCAACAACACCGAGGUUUGGUUCUGGACAACCCGCUGAUUUGUCUGAAAACCCCACAUCUAGCUUGCCGGCACCGGAAACGUCUCAGACAGAAGAUGCCCCUCCAAAUCCAGAAAUGCCGUCUCUUCUGAUUGAAAACCUCGAAGAUGUCGAGCCGGCCUUUGUUGGCAAUCUCGUUAAUUCUGCCUUAGAACCAGGUGGUUGUGUUAAAACUGAAAUUGAAUUCCCGGCAGGUGAGAACCUCCCACAGAUUGAGUCGGCUUCAGCUGACCCUGGAACCAACUCAAAUCCGAGACAGUUCCAAGUAAAGACGGAAAGUUCAGAUCUGGGCGUUUCUUUGUCUUUGAGCGAACAGUUAGGAAAUCAGAAUGCUUACCCCAAAAAUAACCCCGACUCGUUCUUUCCCACAAGUUUUGAAAAUCAGAUCAGCUAUACGAACUUAAGUGAAUCCCUAGUAAAGCAGGAGCUUCCCUUGGCAAGCGAGACUCAGCUUUUUCCGGUUGAACUGCCAUUGUUUCAGAAGACAACCGAGGCUGAUAUUCCAACGUUUGACAGCUCCGCAUCAUAUUCAGCAGCCCCUGAGGGCCAAGUAGAGUUCCUGUCAACUACCUCCACUGAUGGCCAGGUUCUAACGACCGUUGUCCAAUCCAUAACCACGCCCAAACUCUUUGAAACUGAUGUGAUUGAUAUUGAUGACGACGACGAUGAUGAUGAUGAUAACGACACACAGGACAAUGCUGCCGACCUUUCCAAGGAAUCCAAUGAUGACUCGAAACAAAUCUCUCCAGCGUCGGACUUGGGAACGCAAACAGCUUCAAAGAAAUUUCCUUGCACUUACUGCAGUAAGACGUUUGGCCGCACUUCCGACCUGGCCGCACAUACACGCAUUCACACUGGCGAACGACCAUUUUCUUGUGACAUUUGUGGACGGAGUUUUACUCAGCUGAGUCACGUAACGAAACAUCGUCGAAUACACACGGGGGAGAGGCCCUACAAGUGUCAGCAGUGCGGGUCCGCCUUCAGCCAAUCAAAUAACCUUCUAAUAAUACCUUUUCUUUUACCCUUUUUUCUUUUCUUUUUUUUUCUUCUUUUUUUUCUUCAUUUUUUCUCCUAUUUUUUCUUCUUUUUUUUCUCCUUUUUUCUUCUUUUUUUCUUCUUUUUUUCUUCAUUUUUACGUCAUUUUUUUCUUCUUUUUUUCAUUUUUUUUCUCUAA